AGAGAGAGUGAUGCCGUGUACGACGUGACCUGCGGGGUCUGGCUACAGCAUAAGGGUCGUCCUGGUCACUAAUGACCAGUUAUACUGUCACUGUCACGCUGCCAGUCGUGCUGUCACCUCACACCAGUUAGUUAUACUGUCACGGCUUGCUGGUCAGUCACACCUGACAAGUUAGACUGAGAUAUGAUUUUAUUUGUGAUGACAACGGCUCUAGGAUGUGCUGGAGUUGUCCUGCCCUCGCUGGUGCACUACGUAUUGCGUGCAAUAGGCGGAGAAGGCGCGGCUGAACGCCAGAUACGUCACGAAGUUGGCAAGUUGAAGCAACAGUUGCAGAACAUUAGCAUGGUAGACCAGUUUGCUACUUAUGCUCGAGUGCAACGGAAGAUCAAUUCUCUUAACCAGCUAUAUAAAGGAAAAGUAAUGGAACGUUCAAUGGGAGAGCAGCGAGUGCGUCUGGUCCUAGGAGGGAUGCUGCGAGCUGUGGUUGGCUUCCUGUGUGUGUGGCUGGUCUGGGAGCAUCAAGGUGACCCAGUGUUCUCCCUCUCACCUGACCUAGUGUGGCCACUUGGAGCACUCUUAUCUUUUCCAGGAUGCCAGUUAGGACAGAUAAGCGUAAUGAUGUGGUUGGGUGUGGUACGAACAGCGUGCAGCAGAAUGGCGAGCUCUAUGACUGCCAGUACUGUGAGAACUGGUCCACAGUUGGUUCCACCAGUCUUUGCUCAGUCUGCAACACCAGUUGCUCCUCCUUUAGACUGAUGUGUUUUCCCAUUUAAUAUCUCCAGGUAAAGCUCAUUACUAUGCAUUGGCCACAUUGUUUGCUUGGGUAAAUAAUUUUAUAUUUUAAUACCUGUUGUUAAAUAUUAAGAAUUUUAUCAUUCUUUCAAGACUUGAAAAAAAAGAGGAAUUAAUUUUAAUGGUGAAGUUACAUUUUACAACUGAAUGCAAGAUGCAAGAACAGUCUAGACUUAGUUAUUAGGCCCCUCCCUCUCAUUAUUAUAUGUUGUUUUAAAGUAAACCUUUAUAUUUUUAUUAGAUUAUUAAUAAUUUAUAGUCGGUUUGAGGAUAUUUGUUUGUUCUAGAACACAUUUUUGUCAGUUUAAAUAAAACCUACAUGAAA